CGGCGGCGGCGCGUCGCGCUCUGACGAGUUCGCGGGCCCGGCAGCUCCGCGGCCGCUGUCGCUCGGCUUGCGGCUGUGGCUGCCGCGGUGCUGUGGACGCCGGGCAGGCUCGGGGCACGCGCCGGGCGCCGCGAUGGAACCCAACCCUUUGGGACUCUGCAUGUCUCCGGCUGCAGACGUGGACACUGAGCCCUGAGAGUUUUGUAGCUUGCUCACGGUCUUCUGCCCAGGCUGGCGCCCAUGCGGUUGUACACUCUCUCCAAGCGCCACUUUGUCCUCGUGUUCGUCAUCUUCUUCGUCUGUUUUGGCCUGACCGUCUUCGUCGGGAUCCGAGGACCCAAAGUGAUCCAGACUUCUGCAGCUAAUUUUUCACUAAAUAAUAGCAAAAAGCUAAAGCCAAUUCAAAUACUUUCAAAUCCAUUGUCUACGUAUAAUCAGCAACUAUGGCUGACAUGUGUUGUUGAGUUUGAGCAAUCAAAAGAAAUGUCUAUUCAGAUAAAGUUUCUCAUGACUGUUAAGGUCGAUGGUGUGGCUCAAGAUGGAACCACCACGUUCAUUCAUAACAAAGUCCACAAUCGGACAAGGACCCUCACGUGUGCAGGGAAGUGUGCAGAAAUUAUUGUGGCCCACCUUGGCUACUUGAAUUACACUCAGUACACGGUGAUCGUGGGAUUUGAACACCUGGAACGACCCAUUAAGGAAAUGAACUUCACAUGGAAGACUUAUGACCCUGCAUUUUCCCAGUUGGAAAUUUGGUUCCGAUUUGUCUUUGUGGUGCUUACCUUCAUUGUCACUUGCCUGUUCGCACAUUCCCUCCGGAAGUUUUCCAUGCGGGACUGGGGGAUCGAGCAGAAAUGGAUGUCCAUCCUGUUGCCUCUGCUGCUACUUUACAACGACCCAUUCUUCCCCCUCUCCUUUCUGGUGAACAGCUGGUUCCCAGGCAUGCUGGACGACCUCUUUCAAUCUGUGUUCCUGUGCGCCUUGCUGCUCUUCUGGCUGUGUGUGUACCACGGGAUACGGGUUCAGGGAGAAAGGAAGUGUUUGACUUUCUAUUUGCCUAAAUUCUUAAUUGUUGGACUGCUGUGGUUGGCUUCUGUUACACUAGGAAUAUGGCAGACGGUUAAUGAAUUACACGAUCCAAUGUACCAAUAUCGAGUUGACACAGGAAAUUUUCAGGGGAUAAAGGUUUUCUUCAUGGUGGUGGCAGCUGUGUACAUCUUGUACCUCCUGUUCCUGAUAGUGCGGGCCUGCUCCGAGCUCCGCCACAUGCCUUACGUAGAUCUCAGGUUAAAAUUUUUGACUGCAUUGACUUUUGUAGUGCUCGUGAUUAGCAUUGUCAUCCUUUAUUUGAGGUUCGGAGCACAGGUGUUACAAGACAAUUUCGUGGCUGAACUGUCAACUCACUACCAGAAUUCUGCUGAAUUCUUAUCUUUCUAUGGCUUGUUGAACUUUUACCUCUACACUUUGGCCUUCGUGUAUUCUCCAUCGAAGAACGCCCUGUAUGAGUCCCAGCUGAAAGACAACCCUGCGUUCUCCAUGCUGAAUGACUCUGAUGAUGAUGUGAUCUAUGGGAGUGACUAUGAAGAAAUGCCCCUGCAGAACGGCCAGGCCAUUCGAGCCCAGUACAAGGAGGGCCCUGAGAGUGACUGAGCUCUGGCGGGCUGGCAGGACCCGGGAGCCUGGCGUUCUGCAGCGGCCACUGCCUGGUCCUCCCUGGCCUCGAUGUUCGGACUUGUCUUAUAAGCAGAGAAUUCCUCGUCCUUAUUUGUUUACAUAUUUUUGAAAGGAAAACCAAAACUGGGGACAAAUUUAAACAAUGGGCCAAAUUUAUUGUUAGAGUGGCUACAGUUAUUUGGGAAGAGAGAUGGUGAUAAAAAGUUCAAACAGACAAAAUCCCCUUUCAAGAUUCCAGAUGAGAAGUAGCUUGUUUUCGUGGUGAGGAGGAAAUUACUCCGGUUUUUAGUAGAAUUGUGAAUUUUAAAAAGUAGUUUACUUAUUCCAAAUUCACGGACAGCCCUUCUGAGCAAGGCCCACAGCAUGUGGACCCUCCUCUGCUUUCUUCUUCCUCCCUGCCCACCGUGGUGUGGGCCUUUUAGCUCCAAGGGAAGCCUGAUUUUGUGGCAGUCCUUCCCACUGAGUAGCCUAGCUCUAGAUAGCCAAUUCUCUAAGUGACCCCUCCUGGUUGUUGUGAAAUGCCCAUUAGGGAAGCGGUGGGUGGGCAGGAGCUGGCCCCUCACUACCCCUGCAGCAGUGCUAGCCACUAGCUGUGGUGGAGUUCGGAGGGAGGCUGAGGCGGCACACGAGGAGAGGGUGACAUAACUGAGAAGUGCCAGUGGGGAGGGGUCGCUGCCGUUGUUUUCCAAGGGCCUGUGUGUACACAUGGCACUACAGACUAGAGUGUGAACAGAUGUCCCUGUGGUUGGGGUGGGGAAGAGAGUAUCCAUGGCAGCUGCAGUAAGCAGUGGCUUCUGUUAAAGAUGACACCUCACAGAGCUUUUUUUUUUUUUUUAUAAAUAAAAGCUUAACAAUUUAUUGAUACAACACUAGAGAUUCUUUAUUGUCAGAAAGCUUUUCAGUUUCACACUUGGAAACUAGAUGAGAGACUAAAACAUUUUAGAUGGCUUAUGGAAGAACCUCUCAGGGAGAAGGUAACCUUUGGCGAUCAUUACCUGCCCUCAGUGUCUAAGGUGGAAAGGAAAAGUCUGGAGCUGCUGAGUCUGUGGAAUCCUAGACGACCCUGGAGAGCUCCCAGGUUCUCUUUGUCUGAGACUAAGGACAGAAGGCCAGUGGAUACCUCCCUGGUUUUUCCUGGCAUAUGCAUGGUAGUGACUCUUGGCUGUUACCAUAGUGAUGAUCGCACUUCCUGGCAAACACAGGGAGAGGAUGUGAUUGUUGGGCUCUGCAGACAGUACUUACGUUUUCUUCAUCUAUGCAUUAACUCUCAAAUUACCAUUCAUAGCUAAAUAUUACAUUCCAUGUUAGGUAGAACUGGGAUUUUAUAGAGAUUCAUGAGAGACUGUUCAUUAUGAUUUCAUAUCUUUCUUUUUAAUUUAAACUAAUGAUAAUGUACCUUUAAUAUGGAUUCCAUUUAUAUUUGUUUUUAAAACCUUGUAAAUAUGUUUAAAACAACCGUAUUGCAAAGAUGACUCUAAUUUACAUGGUUUUUAUACAUUUUCAAUGGUGUGAUUACUUUUUUUGAUUGUGUACUCAGAGGUAUUGAAAGAAUUUUUGUCACCAAAUAUACUUCUAUUAAGACUAACUAUAAUUUUAUGUAAAUUGACAAACCUACUUGUGUUAAGGUAUUCUAGUUUGUGAUAGUUUAUAAGUUUUAAUCAUUAUAAAAUAAUUGUCCAUAAUUUGGAAUGUUAUUUAUCAGUAAAUAUAAAAUAUUUGAGGCAUUUAGCCUCACAUUAGAACUUUUUAAAACUUGUCAUUGUCCUAUAGUAUAAAUUAUAAACUGAUGACAUCUUCAUAUCUUGAUCCUUGAUGAUGUCAGUGAAAUGAAAAACAUAGGACUAUUUACUUUUUGUAACUUAAGUUUGAAACAAAUUACAAAAGGAAGUACUUACUGAAAAGGCAUGACAACCGUUUUCCCCAUUUCUCUUCUCUGGUGUAUCAUAUAUAUGAACAUACUACAUAAUCUAUGUAAAAAUUUGCUUACGGUGUAUAGCAGUUAGCAUGUUAUUUCCUAUGUGUUCGUAAGUAUUAGGUUGAAGCACUAAAGUCUGCCAGAAACUUUAGACAGUAGUAAGAAAAAUUUUUUUUCUUGUUAUCAGUUUUGCAAACUUAAAAUUCAAAGAGCUAACUUUAUUUCUUCCAUGGUAACAGCUUGAAUAAAGUCAUCUUUGGGAUAAUUUUUUAUACUGGUCCCAUCAAGGGGACCUGGAAGAUGACCAUAGUAAACCAUUUCAGCCUCCCCAGGGAGAGCUUCAUUAUCCUUGUGGGUAGGAGGUCUGCUUGAUUUAUCAUUAAAUCAUUACAGCAGUGAAGUGAUGCAGUUUUCUCUCUCUUAAGCUCCAUUUGAAAGGCUAGAGAAGGGGACAUAUAAAAUAUAUUAAAGGUUUGUAAGAUUGUUCCUGUACAUAAUCAGGUUGCAGUUAAGAGCUUAGAUACUGUGUGUAAAUGCAGCCUAUUAACUGGGCAGGUUGCAAGAAGGGUAUCACCAAACUAAGGAUUUUGUGAACUAUUUACUGAAAGUAGUUAUGUUAAAUGGGUCAUAAUGUGGUAACUUGUAUCCUGGAGUCCUUUUCACAGGGAAAAAGAGCAGCUUAUAGAAAGGAUAAUUAAAAGGGACAUCAAAACUAGACUUAAAGCACUGAAGUAUACUUAUAUAUUUUGAGGGUUUUAAAAACCAGUUGCCUUAGAAAUUAUAGACUUUUGGAAAAAAAGAUACAGAUCUUUCCCCAGGCCCAAGAGAAGUUGCUUUAGUCUGUGACAUCUUGUUACCCUGGUUAUCUUGAUUUGAAGUGUUUUAGGUAUUCUGGUAACUAUAAUCCAUACACUAAAUGCAGGAUUUUCUGCUAUUGGAAACUGCCUUUUUACAAAAAGACUAUAAAUGUUUGUAAAAUAAAAUAACUCUAAACUUUAAGCUCCAAAGGAAAGAGAACUAUGUAUUAGAUCUUGGAACUGUGUCAGUAAGCAGUCACACCUGGUCACAGAAUGAGCUUUGAAACCAAUAAAAGUGAAUAUUCACAUGAAGCUUACACUUUGGGAAUGGCUUUCUCAGACUACUCUGCUGGUAAACAUUAAUAAAUAUUUAAUAUUCAG